AUGCCGCUCCACCCAACAUUUUACGGUGGACUGUUAAACGCGCCCACACGCUCGCCUCGCCAGAUUCGCUCCAAGUUCGACUUGGACGUUCGAAGCGGUCUGAGCGACCACAGCGAGCUGUACCUUUUGGCUGCACAGCUCCUGCCAAAAGCCGGUGGGCCCCGUGCUCUGGGUCCGUUCCAGAGCGGCUGCAAGGUAGUGUAA